GCUUGGACCUUUAUUUAUUCAAACUAUGGUUUUUAUCAUACCGCAGGACGCUCAGGUGAUGCCCCUGGAACUAUGGUUUUUGAUGCACAUAACCCUGGUUAUGGUUUAUGUUCUAUCUUUUUCUUGUUAAUCAUAGGUUGAUUAGAUCCAUUAAAUUAAAGAAAAUAUGACAGGUUGCAGAACAUACCAAAGUCAAAAAUAGGCCAAUGGGGGAGAUAUAGAAAUAUAGAACUUGGUUUGUCUUUGUUUCAGAGAUGCUCCAUUAAUGUGGCAAGCUUUUUCUCGAGGAUUGAUGUAAAGGUUUUAGAAGAAGAUUGGAGUUACAAAUGUUUUUUGGUUUGAUGUAGUUAUAGGCUACUGCUUCUUUGGUUUAGUAAUUUUCUGGUAAAGGGCUGGGAUGAGUGAUGUUACAAACUCCGAGGAUGAUUCAACCUAAGAAGCUUCGAAGGGAUUGGUAGGUUAGAUUUAUACCCUACGUUAUGACGCUUGGUUUAGAAUGCUGGCAAUUGAUAUCAGAUAUCAGAAGGCAGAGAGGGAGGCUCCUUCCAAUGCAUGGGAGGGCAGGGGCUAUUGGAGGUCCGCUAGCUAUCAGUGGCAACUCAUGAGCGCAAAUGGUUUGCUUUAAGUAGGUUUGGAUUUGAUAUAAUUAGGUCAUAAAUAGAUUAAUUCGUCUAAAUUUAUUUCUUAAAUGAGUUGGUUUCAGAUUUAAAUUUUUGAUCUGCUUAAUUCAUUUUGGCCUAUUUAAUAAUUGUGAUAGGCUAUAAUCCGACCUGUUUAAUCUAUUUUAAAUCUGCUUAAUCAUCUGUUUAAUCUGUUUAAAUUCAUAUAUCUCGUUUAAAAUUCAUUUUAUCUGUUUAACCUGUUUAAUAAAUAAGUUAUGCGAUUCGGAUCAUAUUAUCUAUUUAAUAAAUAUGUCGGAUUUAGAUUUGAAAUUUUGAUAGGUCGGAUUUGGAUUGAUGAAUUUUUGAUCCAAUCCAUAUCCAAUCCGAUCCGUAUCUGACCCGAUCCGAUCUGAUUGCCACUAGCAACCUAGUACUAGAUUCCUGAGAUCAGCAAGAAAAUAUUGAGCCGAACAAAACAUGGUAUUGCUUUGGAAAAUGAUCAUUUGCAACCCAACCUGAAGUAACUAUGCUCCAACCAGCAUCUUAGGCCGAGUCGGUUUUCACACAAGCUAGCCCAUACUAGGCCCCUUUCAAACGCUCUUAAAACUAUAAUGGCUCUUGGCCGGAGAGCUUUAAUCCUCUAGUCCUCGAGUUGCAGUUCAUACAAGUUCCAUUUAUAGUGGCCUGGGCCAAACAAAACCUACGGAUUGUUUUGAAAUGAGAGUUUUCUUUUGUAGCUGAUUGUGUUCACCCUGACUCAUUUUGGAAUGAAAAUAGGAAUAAAUAACUUCCAUUCCAACCGUUUAGUUAAAAGGAGUUUUAUUCCUAUUCCAAUUCUAAAAUGAAAUGGACAUGCAAAAUAGGAAUGCCCCAACCACUAAAACUUAAUUCCGACUCUUCUCUAAUAUUCAAAUUUCAUUCCGAUUCUGAUUCUAAUCACGAAUCAAAUGUGUGGGGCAUACGAGCAAUCCGAUUUUUGUUUCAAUCCCCAUUCUGAUUUCGAAUUGGAUCGCGCCAACCAAAUGUAAGUGAUGCAACCCUAGGAGUUCUCUUCUUAAAACAGGACCGGUGAAUGGAUAAGAUGUCUAUAGUAGUUCUUUUAAAUAAAUCACAUGCAUUUUACCUAUAAAAGGUACUUAAUUAUAAUAAUGUAACUUCCCUUAAUUAUAAUAAGGUACUUACCCCUCCAAAGCAACCAGAAAAAAAAAAAGAAGAUCAUGGGCCGUAUUGGGCCAGAUAAGUGGCCCAGAUGAAGACUGGGCACAGGCACCGAUUGAUAGAAUGGUAUUUAACGUAAUUUUGGAUAUAUGGCAAGCCCCCAUUCUGAACCCUUAAAUCGUAUCUAGGACUACUGCUAAUAGAAAGGAGGCGACCCACGGCUAUGGUUCUCAAGACUGAACUUUGCCGCUUCAGUGGUGCCAAGAUAUCCCUGGUCUUCCUUUUUGCCAAUUCAAAAUGCAAGAGGUACUUUCACAGCCGACUCAAGCCUUCGAAGCUUGCUUGGACUGCAAUGUACAGGAAGCAACAUAAGAAGGAUGUCCAUGCUGAAACUGUGAAAAAGAGGCGCCGAACUACCAAGAAACCUUACUCCAGAUCAAUCGUCGGUGCUACUUUAGAGGUGAUUCAGAAGAGAAGAACCGAGAAGGCAGAAGUACGGGAUGCUGCCAGGGAAGCUGCCCUUCGUGAAAUCAAAGAGAGAAUUAAGAAAACCAAGGAUGAGAAGAAGGUGAAGAAAGCAGAAACUUUGGCAAAGACGCAGAAAACUCAGACUAAGAGCAUGCCCAAGGGGCCAGCACCAGAAGGCCCCAAGCUUGGAGGUGGUGGGGGAAAGCGCUGAUUACCUAAUAUUUCUCUAGUGGAAGGAAAAUAGGACAGUAGAUUUACCCCCAACUGGAAACUUCAAGGCAAUUUUGGUUAGCCACACUGACGCUCUGCUGUUCUGCUACUAGUUUGUCAACUUGGUUAUAUUAUUUUGUUUUCGGUGGUACGACAUUAUCAGAGACAUGCUUAAUGCUAGGGGGAACUACUUUCUAUCCCAAAGGAGACAGGAUUGAAACCCAAGUUAUUGGAUGCGGCAGCCCUAUGAUUUUAUUAACUGCACUAGUUGGGUUCUACUAUUCCUGAAGAUUUUCAACCAUGGUCUUUAUGAUAUCGCAGGAUGAUCAGGUGAUGCCUCUGGAACAGGUGGUUCUGAAGGCAUUUCUGUACUUGAUCCUGAGGGAUAAUCCAAAUAUACAUUGAAUAAUUUUCAGGCAAUUGCAUAAAUCUAGGUUUUUCAGGAUGGACUGAAAUUAGCUGAUACUAUGUAGCAAGGCAUGCCAUAUUGUACUAAACCGGAUUGUAGGGAGCGCACCAUACCGGUAUCAAAUUGGUACGCGGUAUUGUGGUAUGAGGGGCGUAUCGAUAUUUGGUACACUGAAUUAAUUUUCAUACUGAACGUACCGAUACCGUAGCAGGGUGGCAUCAAUAUGAGGUCUGGCAUCGAGAUGCCGUAUUUUGCUAUGUAGAUUCUAAAAGUUGAAACAUCGUGUACAAGAUGCCAAUUUUAGGCCAAUUAUGGUAUGAAACUUGGACAAUUGCCAAUA